UGAAUCCCAACAGGAAAAAACAGGGGACGGAAAAAAGUUGGAUUAAAAUCAGAUUAUUAAUACCUACAUUAUAUUUAAACAGUGUUAUCUCAGCAAUAAUAAUUUAACAUCACACAAAUAUAUGUUUGAAAUAUUCAGGCAUUACUUUGCCUAUGGUGUCUCCUGAUAAAAAUCAGGCAAGGGGAAAUAGUCUACUUCCGCGUACAAUGUUUUUUUUUCUGCCGACAUACGACAACUUUGGGACAGGAAACCAUAGUAGACGUUUUUCUGUCUUUUUUGCUGUAUUUUGAGUGGUUGGCAUUUUGUGCUCAGUGGUCUAACCCAGCCAUGAGCAUCAUUGGGGCUGAGGAUGAGGAAUUCGAGAAUGAUCUGGACCCUACGGUGGAUGACAACUCCAGCCACUUCGCCAGUAUAGACCUAGUGAAGGGAAGACCCACCCACCUCCUGGUCUUCCUCAACCACGUCAUCCUGCAGUUCGACUGCUCCCCCCUGCUGUGCUUUCUUCAUGCUGACCUCUUCAGGAAUCUCAGUACCAAAGAGACCAAGAAGCAGUUUGUGGAGUUCUACAAUAGCUUCCUGGACAAGGGCGCUAUUCUCAGGGUGCAAGUCCCCCAGAUUGUAUCCUAUGAAUUGGACCGUUCCAGACCGGACCUGCUCACUGAAGAGCAGCAGAGGAAGUUUGUCCAUGAAAUCCAAAAGGCUCAGUUCCCAGAGGUGCUGCGACAGCUGGAGGACUUCAGGAGGAAGAGGAUGAUGGGUAUGACCCCUAAUGAGGCAGAGCUGGUGGAGGUGGAGACUCACCACCAUACUGACCGCAUCCCCAUGGAGAUGAAGGAGAAAGCUGUGGCAGAGACUCUGCUAGAUAAGAUGUCUGACAUCCAUCCAUCGGUUGUUGCAGAGGAGGAGAAAUGUUCGGCUAUUUUUGCAGCAGUGGUCUUCUAUAUGAAGCACCUGGGAGUGAAGUCCAGAGUAGCUGACAGCAAGAAGUCCAGAGGAUUCUUGAGGAGACCCUUUGGGAAGAAUAGAAAGACAGAGGAGUCUACUAAAUCACCCAAACAGAGGGGGGGGUUUCCCAACAUCCUCACCGCCGCUGGUGGCUGGAUUGCUGGCAGCACUGAGGUCAAACUGCCUAAAGUGGAGGCUGAAGUGGAGAAGGAGAAAUUAUCUCUGGAGCGGAAGGGUUCCAGCAUCCCCGCCCCCGCUCGAUCCUCAAUCGCCCCUGACAUCGCCCCUCCGGCAAUAAACAAGAAGUCUGGUUCUGUCUCUCAUCAGGGGUCAGAGGUCUGUGAUGCCUCAGUCAACAUCAGCUCCAGUCCAGACUCCUCCCUCAGUGACACAGGUUUGCUCAGCAGCCGUUCAGACCCUCAGUCAGUGUCGGAGGGGGCCGAAGUCUCCCCCGUGGGACAGGCUAUGGGCCCAUCCAUCUGGGAGCCCUCCUCUCCCGCAGAGCCCCCUCUAGAGGAAAAUGUAGAGAAAGACAGACGCAAGCCAAGGCGUGUGGGGCGCAGUGAGAGUGCUCGCGUGGACAGGCAUUCUUCUCGUCGUCGUGGCUCUUCCCGGGCCAAACAGUCACGUUCCCGUAGCGACGUGGACCUGCAAGCCGCCACCGCCACGGCAGCAGACUCCUCCCCAACCUCCCCUAACCCCUCUGUUGACGGAGGGAUGUUGGUCCCUGAGGCGUCCCUCCUGGGCCCUUUCCCCUCUGGCCCUACCAUCCAGCAGGAGGAGCAGGACCCUCGUUUCCUGGAGCUGGAGCAGGAACCCCCAAACUGGAGAGAACACGCCCCCCCAGAGACACUCAAAGACCUCAGCAAGAAGGAGACGAAGAGACAGGAGGUCAUCAAUGAGCUGUUUGCGACAGAGCAUGCCCAUGUGCGUAUGCUGAGUGUUCUGCUGACCGUGUUCUGGAAGCCUCUGGAGAAGGCAGAGCUCAUGGACACCACCGAGCUGUCCACAAUCUUCCCCAGCCUGGAUGAGAUCAUAGAACUGCACUAUGCCUUCUAUGAGAACCUGAAGAAGCUGCGGCAGGACACCUUCAUCGUCAAGACCAUUGGAACCACGCUACUCAACAGAUUUGAAGGAACGGAGGGUGAGUGGUUUCAGAAGCUGACAUCCAGGUUCUGUAGUCACCAAACGUGGGCCCUGGAACUGUUGAAGAGUAGACAAAAGAAGGAUCCUCGCUUUCACGCCUUCAUACAGGAGGCAGAGAGCAGGCCUCAGUGUCGUAGGCUGCAGUUAAAGGACAUCAUCCCCACUGAGAUGCAGAGACUUACCAAAUACCCACUCCUGCUGGAGAACAUCGCCAAGUGCACAGAGGACAGCUGGGAGAAGGAGAAAAUCCAGCGGAGUGCUGAGUGCUGCAGGAAGAUUCUCAACCAUGUCAACGAGGAGGUCAAACAGAUGGAGAACCUGCUGACCUUGAAAGACUAUCAGCGCAAGCUGGACACCUCAGGCCUGAAGCCCAGUAAUGAGCUGUACUUGGAAUAUAAGAACUUUGAUCUGACCCAGCAAAAGAUGAUCUAUGAAGGGACACUGACUUGGAGAGUGACCAAGGAGAAAACUCUAGACGUCCAGUGUGUGUUGCUGAGGGACCUGUUGGUGCUCUUACAGAAGCAAGAUGAUAAGAUGGUGCUGAAGUGUCAAAGUAAGAGUAACAUCGCAGCGCAGGAAGGCAAGCAGAUGCUUAGCCCCAUCAUCAAACUGGACUCUGCUUUCCUCCGUGAGGUAGCGACAGACCGUAAAGCCUUCUACGUGAUCUUCACCUGGGACAGCGGGGCUCAGAUCUAUGAGCUGGUGGCUCAGUCUGUCGGGGAGAGAAAGACCUGGACAGAUGUGAUAAAGACAGCGGUGGAUGAGCUGAAGAAGACUGGCGCUCCUGCUCUGGACCUGAAGAGAGGCAACAGCAUCAUACCUGGAGGAGGAGGGUACAGCCCCACCCUGUUUCAACCCCCUCUCAGCCCCACUGAAAACGGCGGAGAUUCGUUGAAACAUGGCACUGAUCCAGAUAAGGACAGCCUGACCGAUGAGAUGAAGUCUGUAGACUCUCGUCAUUCCUUAAUAGAUUAUCUCUCGGACAAAGGCUUUGACCUGAGGGGUCACCGCAACAGCGAUGCGGAAAAGGUGGCAAAUUGUGCUUUAGAUGAAGUCAUGUCCUUGAAGAGGCUAUUGGUUGGCAGCAUCAGCCUAUCGGAGGACUCACUCCAUGAUAAGGAGAAUGGAGGGGGGGAGCCAGAUUUGCGGGACCAAGACACUGAUGGCUCAACCGACCAAGGCGCCGGCAGGGAUGGAGUAGUGGAAGGGCAUGAGGGAGGAGAGGGCCGAGGGAUGAAGAUUGAGGAGGCAGGGAUCAGUGCUCCCCUGGUUCUGUCACAGGAGAGGAUGGAGGAGGUGCGCGUGAAACUACACGGACUGGAGGAGAAGCUGAAGAGACUGCAGAGUGUUGAGGAGAACCACCACAGGCUGCAGGUGGCCCUGUCAAAGUUCUCCCUGGAGGGAGGCCACUUCCAAUGAGACCCACACACCGACCAAUUUCUAGAUGCCAGAUCACUGCUGGAUUGGAGUGCAAGAAUUCCUUUUGGAGGGUUGUUGAAUGCUGUCUGGAAUUUCCUGAUUGCUAAACACUCAUCUGCCUUGCCUGAGCCCUCAUUGAAGAACGACAGGGUUGUAGCCACCUGUGAGGCCCUUGCAAAAGCAGCGGUGGAGGGCUUUGCGCAAACUAUAGUAGUUCAGUAAUGCAAUAUGGAGGUAUGUGCGUGUAUGAACGUGCAAAUGUAUGAUAGUGAGUGACUGAGUGGGAGGGGUUCUGCAAACAGGUUCUAAAGACUGGAGCAGAUUUUUGCUGUGAGAGAAAUGUUGCCUCUGCUUCUUGAUUUUGAGCUGCUUUAAAAAAACACCACAGAUACUUCCACUAAUGCAUUUUCAAUAUAUAAUAAAUAGGAUACAGUAUGUAGAUUAUAGAAAUUGAAUUGCUAAAACAGUUAUCAUUGACUUGAAUUGCCACUGCUGUUCUAGUCAUUCCAUUUCUAUGCAUUUAAUGCUGUCUAAAAACCAAAAUCCAGAUGAAUCAUUUUUGAAAACAAAUGGACAAUGAAUAUCUGGAAGGUAUAAGCAGAAACAUCAAUAGUCUUUGUACUGGUAGGUCUGGGUGCUAGGCAAUACAAAGUUGAUUUACUGGGCUUUAAUUCAAAAAAAGAAAAUGGGGAAAAAUUCAGUGGAAUAUUGUGUAAUUAUUCUUUAAAAAAAAUAAGUGAAUCAAAAUAUUUUAUAACUGAAACAGUUUAAAACCAGUUCCCCAUGGCCACCUUCUUUGAUUGACAAAAUAUGGCGCUAAUUCAAGUUUAUUUGAAGUUAUUUUGUGACUUUGCAUCUCAAUAUGCACUUAUUAGCCUGCAAAAUAAAAGGCGCUAGGAGUUAUUUAAAACACAAAUAUUUGCUGUCUCACCUAACCUUUUUUUAACAGUCAAUUAACUUUGUAUGUGCUUGUUACACAUGUAGAUAUGCUAUUGCUUGUUUAGUAGGCCCCUAAAGCCUCUUCAUGCCACAGUACAGCAGAGAUGCACUUUUCAGUUAUUAGAAUACAAUUUGAGUGACCACCCACACUGAAUUCUCAAAAUAAUUGCUUGAUUUUGCAUAUAUUUAUUACUAUUGUUAUUUUUUAAAUGUAAUGUAAUUUCUUUUGAAUUCGCCAACCCUGUCAGGCAUAGCCAACUCAAUUUGUUUUUAGAAGAGGUGUGUGUGUGUGUGUGUGUGUGUGUGUGUGUGUGUGUGUGUGUGUGUGUGUGUGUGUGUGUGUUAGAGGUGAAAGGGCUUUCUUCGCGAGUCAUCUUACUGUAAUUUAGUUCUGUUAGAACUUUUACGUAUGGCCAAAAAAUUAUUCUAGUAGUGCUAGAGUUGAUCAUGUUAGGGAUAUAUGUUUAUUUUAUUUAAAGAUUUGGAGGAAUACAGUAAGGAGAUGGGGAGGCAGGAAUGUUCUUUGCCUUUGAAUACCUACUUGAUUAGUAAAAUGCUAAAUAAUGGAAGGAGAUGCAGAGGUGAGAGUAUGUGCGCCUCAGUUGACUGUACAAUUCAUUUCAGACGUACUCAGUCACUGCCUGGAAGCCCGGUGCAUUAACCAUGUUCACAGAGGUGAUCCGUUGGUUUGAUGUCACUGGAGUUUCUGAUCAGUAAGGCUAGUGCCUUUACAGUAACAGGAAGAGGGCGGUUGGCAGGGCGACAUUCUAUUAGGCUGUUAGAUGUUUUUGCCAGUCAUGUUUUUUUUAGGUUGCAGUUAGAUUGGUAUGAAUAUUUGUAUGAUUGUGUUUUUGUGUUUUGAGUUGAUUGUAAUUAUUUCAGUUUUGUUUUAAGAGUAGUGGCAUUGAACUGUGGACUCAGAAACAGGACCAAAGAUAUUGCCAUUCACCUGAUCUUCAGAUUGGUUGUUUAUAUUAUUACUCUGCUUAUGUGUAUAACAGCUUGUCACUUUAUGCAGAUUGAAGGGUGAUGCCUCCGCUAAGUAGCCUUGUGUGUCCGCUUCUCUACCAAUCCAGUCCAUAUCAAUCCAUACAGCAACAUGCCAAUUGUCCCUUAAGAGGGAGAGAACACUUUGGGUGGGAGCGUAGAGAACCGUUGUUGAGGGAGAUGAGGAUCUGUUAGGAAGACUGUACUGUGAUGCAUCCAUUGUUGAGGGAGGUGAGGAUCUGUUAGGAAGACUGUACUGUGAUGCAUCCAUUGCUGAGGGAGAUGAGGAUCUGUUAGGAAGACUGUACUGUGAUGCAUCCAUCUCUGCUGCCCCAGAAAAAACAAGAAUUAACUGGACGCUUAACACUUAUCACACUGCCAUUCAGAUACUCUAUUCAUAACAGCAGGCUGUACUUAUACAUGACUGGUGACAUGACUCACCUAGCAAAUAAACUGACUGGGGGGACCAUGUUUAGGGAGAGGAUGGGAAGACCAUAGUGAAAAAUUCCUAGAGAUAUUGUAAUGAGCUACAUCCUUACAAUGUAGCCUUCUAUUUCUAUUCAUUUAGAGAACGAAAAACCGGUCAGUGGAGUUGUGAUGCAGGACUUGCAGGCUAGUUGUCCCUCCCCAGUGCUGUUAUAACUUUCAAGAUCUUUUGAAUUAUGCAUUUUCUUUGUGGCCAUAGCAACUACUACCUUAACACCUUCCACAAAAAUAUGUAAUUAUGCAAAUGUUAUUAAUAGUUACUCAGAUGCUGAGGACAAACAUCAGUCUUUUUUUUUUUUUCACCCCUUUACUUUUCCUCUAAGGUAAUCGCUGUAUAUAUCAGGGACCCAAUAAAUAAGUUGGUGUUACUCUGAGUAAACUUGUCAUUAGUAUAGAUGUCUCUAUUAGUGCCAGGCCUCUUCUAAAACGUAGGUUUUCUUACUGCUCUCCUCACCUUAUCACACGAUUUACUGUAUGUUGCUGUGUAUUUUGUUUUAUUUGCUUAAACCUGUUUGGAAUGUUUUGUUGUUGUAACUUGUUUUGUUGAAAGAAACUUAUAUAAUGAUGUGCUAUGCAUUUGCCAGUAGUGGGAGGGAGAGUGAGGAGAGACUUGCAUAACUUUUAUUCAUGCAGAAAUACCAUAUGUGAGGCAGAUCACUUGUACAAAUACUGCAUGGCAACCAGGUUAGGUUAAAGAGAUUAUCUGUAACUAGGGCUUUUCACCAUUGAACCACAGUGAUCAGCUGGUUAAAUCCUGUUAUACCAGCUUAACGUAAUACCUCCACCUCCACCAUAGUCUCAAGACUACUGAACAAAUAAUACAGUGUCUGUCACUCCCCCACCACACCCCAUUGUUUCCCCACAUUUAUCCUCAAUAGAAAUAGAGGUCUUGUUUAUGUCUGAAAUGUAUUUAUAUAGAACAGUGCCUUGUUCUGACAAUCAUGCCUUUUUCUUUCCCAAAAGGCUCUCAAGUAAACACUUAGCUUUUUAGACAUUUAGCUUUUCAGGUAACACAAUGAAAUUGACAGAAUUAGCCAAAUAUCCAAUAUUUUAUUGGUAGGGAUAAGAGUUUUUCCCUUGUCAGGUUGUAUGUUCAAGAAAACCCCCUGGCCUUAAUUCUAGGUAAUCCCAGGUUUAAGAUAUGUGCUCACAUCAGGGACUGUGGGGUUUUACUAGGGCCAUGUUUGCUUCAGUUAGCCAGGGCUUUGUAUAGAAUAGGGUCUGGUCUGUGACACAGGCAUCUGGCUCCUACCUACAUAAAAAUUAUAUGCAAGAUCUAUACUGUGUAUUUUGGCUUUGGUUUUAUUGUUUAAGAGGGUUUUUAAUUAUGUAUACUUCAAAAGAAAUUAGGUACGUUUUUCUAUCAUGUUAUCUUCAUUUUUU